AUGAACAAAGUCCCUACCCACGUUGAUGGCAGAUUCAGGCUUGGAGAUGUUCUGGGUUCGUGCGCAUAUGGUGGAGUUGGGAUCCCCCGCGCCUUGUGGUUUGGUAGAGAGUUGACAUACUAUGCUUUGGUUCUUGACCUCCUUGGGCCAUCAUUACACGAUCUCUUCAUUGCAUGCAAUCGACAGUUCAGCCUUUGCAAUGUUGUGAAUCUAGGAGACCAACUACUCUCACAUCUCGAAUAUAUCCACUCACACAAUUUUGUGCACGGUGAUAUUAAACCGCAGAAUAUAUUGGUAGGUCUAAAUGAUUUGAGGCACACUGCCUUCAUUGUCGACUUUGGUAUCGCAAAGGAGUACUGCAGCACUUCGACUAGAACCCAUGUGCCAUUUCGCCAAGGCCAAAAUCUCACUGGCACCCCUGCGUUCGCCUCGAUCAACAGUCAUUUGGGAGUUGAGACAGGUCGUUGUGAUGAUAUUGGGUCGCUGAUAUAUACACUAAUAUAUCUCUUGUGUGGAUCUCUUCCAUGGUUAACCGACGACCACGAGAAGCUCUCCAGCUCUACCAUGCUGGAAUGCAAAGUAAACACUACCGUUGAAGUUUUAUGUCAUGGAAUCCCUGUUGGGUUUGCAAGUCUUCUCAUUUACACAUGCUCCCUUGCGUUCUCACAGGAUCCUGAUUACAACUACCUUCGCUCAUUACUCCAUGAUCUUCAUGCUACCUUACCUAUACCAGCUUCAUCCUUGCUGGAUUUCAGCGAGUCUGAUCCUGUCAUACAUGCCCUUGCAUUCUCUGAUGAACACAGUGUGGCUAAGGCAGUGCCUUCAUCUCUGCUGAAAGCAACGCCUCUUCGUAAAUCGACUUGUGUGUAA